AUGGUGAAUGUCACUGAGAUAAGCAGCGAACAGGUAGAGCUUCUCCACAAGCCAGAUGCUGACCCCGACCUGGAAACUGAAAAUAAAAGUCGAUUUGUAUCGCUCUUCAUCCGACGAAGCCGAAAGACGUUUGAUCCAUCUCUCAGCAUCCCGCAAACCUCGGAUGAACGGUUGCGAGAAGCUGCGCAUGACCACGCAUUGGACAUUGACAUCCUCUUCAAAGAACAUGGCACAAAAUCAAAACUGCAACACACUGAGAAACCUCAGAAUGGUUAUGAGGGUAUAGACAAGCCUGAAGAGACCGUACUAUAUCUUGCUUACGGCUCGAACAUGAGCGUCCAAACCUUCCGCAAAUCGCGUGGCAUCGUGCCCAUCUCCCAACUGAACGUAUACGUCCCAGACCUCAGUCUCACUUUCGACCUAUUAGGAUUGCCUUACAUAGAGCCUUGUAUGGCAGCAACAAAAUUCCGUAGUCCCAAACCCUCCAUAUUGGAAUCAGACCUUCCCCAGCCUCCAGAAACGCAUCAAACUCAAGCAUGGCACAAACCCCUCGUCGGUAUUGUCUACGAGGUUACUCUAUCCGACUACGCGCACAUCAUCGCCACAGAGGGCGGAGGCUCCUCUUACAUCGACAUCGCCGUCGACUGCUAUGCGUUUCCCAAAUCUUACAAGCCCACUGACCCAGUCCCUAGCUAUCCUGAUAAGCUCUCAAAGCCUUUCAAGGCACACACCCUUCUCUCCCCUUCUGCCAAAGAUGAGAUAGCUGCAAAAUUAUCCACGGCUACAUCCGUCGCCAAACGGAUAUCUCAAGCCCAUUCCCAUUUCACGCGCUCACACCCCCCAGACAACCCCGCCCAACCCUCCCCGCGCUACAAAAACCUCCUUGUCACCGGCGCGCGUGAACACAACCUCCCCAUCGAAUACCGCGCGUAUCUCUCCUCCAUCACCGCGUAUAGAAUCACAACCACCCGCCAGCGUAUCGGCAAGUUCGUCACGAUGAUGAUGUGGGGACCGCCGCUUUUGCUGUCGUUUAUGAUAGCGACUGUUGUGGCGGAUAGGCGUGGGAGGAUGCCCUGGUGGGCCUCAGCGUUGCAGAGGUGGCUGUUUGUGGCAAUAUGGUGGUGGUAUGAUUUUCUGGCGAGACCGGUGUUUGGGUAG